AUGAUAACUAUUAGUGAAAUAAAGAAGACAGCAUCUUCUCUCAACAUGUCCAAGAUAGUUAAUGGUAGUGGGAUGAAUGCUUUGAUUGUAGAUGAUAAUGCUUUGAUAGGAAAUGUUGCACAAAAGUUGCUUGAUAGCUAUGGAUUUGCUACAAAAAUUGUGGAAAAUGGACAACAAGCUGUGGAUAUUUUCAAUGCUGGGAACUCUUUUGAUGUUGUCUUCAUGGAUAUGGAAAUGCCAAUUAUGGAUGGGAUUAAGGCAACUAAAGAACUUCGAGCAAUGGGUGUCAAAAGCUUAAUUUUUGGUGUGACAACAUCUGAAUCAAAGUCUGAUAUUAAGGCAUUCAAAGAAGCUGGUUUAGAUGAAUAUUUUGAGAAGCCAUUGAAUUUUGUCAAGAUUGAUAGUGUACUCAGGCGACUUAAGAAUUACAAUCAAAAUAUGUAAUAUAUUUUUUAUUACUGGUAAGC